AUGCCUGACAUCACAACGCUACCGAUUUAUCCACCAGCCCAAGACGGGGAUCACGGCGAUGAGGCCAUCCCCAGCCAUCCGUUGGGCGUCAAGCCUAGUGGCAACGCCCUGCUAGCCUCGUGGAGUCUCCGCAGCGCCAUCGGAUCCUUCCAGUUGCUGCCAGACGAUUUAAUUCUACUACUAUUGGAAGAAUUGGACGCCCCCAGUCUUCUACGGAUCGGGCGCACAUGUAAAGCCUUCUACGCCUUCACACGGGCGGAAGAAUUGUGGAAGGCUCUUUUCGUCGGGUCGCCGCCAGCAACAUUCACUUGGCGAGGAUCUUGGCGAUCCACCUAUCUCAAUUUGCCUGCCUCGAAAGUGCCCAUGGUGGAUUGCUCCCAUCUGUACUCCGAUGCACUCUACCGACCCUUCAAUUGCGCCCACAUUGUGUUAGAUCCCUAUGUCACCAAGAUCCCUGCACGCAACCAAAUCCCGCGACUGUCAGACCUCUCACCAGGAGAAUUUCAUGAGAAAUGGGCUGACACUCCCUUUGUUCUAACCGAACCCGUCAAGUCAUGGCCCGUCUACAAGGACUGGACCGUUGGCACCCUGUUGGGCCGCUACGGCCAGGGCACAUUCCGCGCAGAGGCUGUGGACUGGCCCCUGCGAACCUACGGUGACUACAUGGCCGACAACGCGGAUGAGAGUCCUCUGUAUCUAUUCGACUGUGGAUUUGUUUCCAAAAUGGGGUUGGCUGUCGGCGCACCGGAGUCAACUCCCAACGCGGCGUAUUGGCCACCAGCCUGCUUCGCCGAAGAUCUGUUCUCGGUCGUAGGAAGUGACCGACCCGAUCACCAAUGGCUCAUCGUCGGGCCGGAACGAUCGGGAAGCAAGUUCCACAAGGAUCCCAAUGCCACAAGCGCGUGGAAUGCAGUCAUCCGUGGACCAAAGUAUUGGAUCAUGUUCCCCUCCGGCGACAAGCGACCUCCGCCACCCGGUGUGUAUGUAUCGGAUGAUCAGAGCGAAGUGACCUCGCCACUAAGUAUCGCGGAGUGGCUUCUCAACUUUCAUGCAGAGGCAAGACGUACUGCCGGCUGCAUGGAAGGUAUCUGUGGCGAAGGAGAGAUUCUGCACGUCCCCUCGGGCUGGUGGCAUUUGGUCGUAAAUCUUGAAGCAUCCAUUGCCAUUACUCAGAACUUUAUUCCCCGUGCGCAUCUCGGUGCAGCCCUCGACUUUCUGUCUAACAAGGCCGAUCAAGUCUCAGGGUUCCGCAAGAAUGUGGUUAACCCAUACGAGAAGUUUAUCAGCGGCAUGCGUGAGACAUACCCUGAGCUCCUUGAGCAAGCCCUGGAGGAGCUGCAGAAAAAAGCAGAGGGAAAGAAGCGCAAGUGGGACGAUAUUGUCCAUGGAAAGGCAGAAGGAGAGACAGAAGAACAAAAUGCUGGAGGUUUCAGCUUUGGAUUUGGAGACGAUAGUGAUGUUGAAGUGCCAUGA